CGCAGUGAGUUGUGUGUCAGAUACCCUAAUUGAAACAAAAAAAAAGGUGUCUUCUUCAAUCAUAGAUUGCACUUUCACUCUUCCCUUACUCUGUCAUCAAUACAUACAAUUAACACUGUUUUUCCCCUUUUUCUAUUUCUCUCUCUGCAAUUCAUCUUCCCUACUGCUGAAGCAAUAUUCCUGUAAAAAAAAGCCACCUUUUUUUACCUAUCUGGAUUUUGCUGAGCAUUAGAUACACACACAAACUCAUGUACUUUUUCUUUGGUCUCUUGUUCAGCUGUACCCAUCACAUUUUCUCAAUUAAUCAAUUUCUCAAAUCCGGGCUCUCCUCAAAAUCACACCUUCUUCAGUAGAAAUUCACCAAUUUGUUUUUUUUUUCAAUCGACGCAUAAAAUUAGGUAUUCUAAUUUUGAGGAUCACCGCAGAUUUUGGCUGAUCCGUGUGAAAUUUGGAAGCACCAUAAAUGCAAUUGGGGAUUGAAGAAACAGUGGCGAGAAGAAAUGGCAGCUUUAGUCCCGGGGGUUUUGCUGAAGCUGCUGCAGCACAUGAACACGGACGUGAAGGUCGCCGGAGAGCACCGCUCGUCGCUGCUGCAGGUGGUGAGCAUCGUGCCGGCGCUGGCCGCCGGCGAGCUCUUCCCGAAUCAAGGGUUUUACCUCAAGGUAUCCGACUCCUCCCACGCCACCUACGUGUCUUUGCCUGAUGAGCAUGAUGAUCUGAUUCUUAGCGAUAAGAUUCAAUUGGGGCAGUUUGUCCACAUCGAGAGGCUCGAGGCCGCCUCCCCCGUGCCCAUCCUGAGGGGCGUGAGGCCGGUCCCGGGCCGCCACCCGUGUGUGGGAACCCCUGAGGAUAUAGUUGCCACUCAUUCUUUAGGGUUCUUGAACAAUAAUGGCAAUCCAUCAUCCCCUGCUUGUAAAAGUAGAUCAGGGUCUAAGUUGGGGGGCAAUGUGGGGGUGAGGGAGGUGAGGGAUGGGAAAUCGAAUCAUUCGGGUGGUUUGAAGGAGGAUAGGAAGGCUCCUGGAUUGACUAGAUCCAAGUCCCAGCUGUCGAAGCUGUCUUUAUCUGUGGAUGUGAAGAAGGACUACUCUGCUGGUGGGAAGAUGAAGUCCUCGGGGUCUAGGUCGAUACCCUCGUCUCCGACUAGCUGUUACUCGCUGCCUACUUCUUUUGAGAAGUUCUCGACUGGUGUUAGGAAUCAGGCGAAGAUCAAGGGGCUGGAGAGGCUGGAGAAGGCAAGUGGUGUGUCGGGGUCAAAGGAGAAGCCUAGCCCUGUUCGUGGGGGGAGUUCGACUGGGAAGAAGGUCUCGAGUGGGAACUUGAUGAAGAAUAUUGUUCAAGGGCUUGAAUUGGGGCCGAAAGCGUUGAGGAAGAGCUGGGAAGGGAAUAUGGAUGCCAAGAAUCGGGAAAGUCCCAGAUUGAAAGUUCACAGGCAGGAGAUUAAGCCAGACGGAAGAAGUAACUCUGCACCGAGAAAAUCAGUGAGCGAGAGAUUGCCAUCUAAAGAAGAAGAUAGGAAGCCUUCAAAAUCUACCAGAGAUGAAAGCAAAGUUAAUGCGUCUGUCAAGAAGGCUCCCACCAAUGGGGAUGCACCUGAUAUUGUCAAGGCAUCUACACGAACUUCUGUGGGAAAGAAGUUAUCUGGAGAAGUUUCUAGUAAUGGAUUUCCAGGAAAUUUGGUGAAGGUUUCUGUUAGUAAUAGGCGACUGACAGACACAAAUGUCUCGUUGGCCUCACUGCCAUCUUCUCUUGCAAAUCUCGGGAAGGAAGUAUUGAAGCACAGGGAUUCAGCACAGACGGCUGCUGUAGAAGCAAUGCAAGAAGCUUCAAUUGCUGAGACUCUGCUUCGAUGCUUAAGCACAUAUUCUGAGUUGAGUUUAACUGCAAAAGAAGAUAACCCACAGCCUGCGGUUGAGCAGUUCUUACAUCUCCAUGCACGGUUGAGCAAAGCGCACCUUCUUGCAGAUUCUUUAUCGAAAACUCUUUCUCGUGAUUCAGAUAACGAAGAAAGUCCGUCAGAAGAGGCAUUGAAGGUGACCUCAGAAGGGUGUAAACAAGCUGCUUCUUGGGUUAAUGCUGCAUUAGCCACCAAUUUGGCUUCCUUCGCAUUGUACAGCAAAUCAGGCACCCUCAGUCCGGCUGCAUCAUCAACUCCCUCUCCAGUUUCAAAGACGAGCACGGGCAACCAACCCAUAAUAGUCCUUGAAAACUCUGCCAAGAACACAGCAGCAGCUCCUAAGGCACUUUCAAAACCCCGGCAGACGGCCAAUUCCAAGAACGUUUCAGUCGGGACACUGCGCAAGCCGAACGAUGGGGCGGCUGUCGGCCAGAGCACGAGAAGCUCCCCUCCGAUAGAGUGGGCUAAAGGAGAUGGCCUCGAUGAGGCUGCAGAGCUCUCUGAAAAGUUGCGGCUGGAGUCUCAGGAUUGGUUCUUGGGAUUCGUGGAGAGAUUCUUGGAUGCUGACGUGGACACGUCGUCUCUGUCAGAUAACGGUCAGAUAGCUGGAAUGCUGAGUCAGCUCAAGAGUGUGAAUGACUGGCUGGAUGAAAUAGGAGCAAGUAAGGAGGAAGAACAACCGCCUCCCAUACCCACAGAGACGAUCGAUCGGAUACGAAAAAAGAUAUAUGAGUAUCUCCUCACUCAUGUAGAGUCUGCAGCUGCGGCACUGGGUGGUGGUGGUAGCACACAGGGCUCUCCAACAAAAGAAGCAAAAGGAAGAAGGUGAUCUCAAAUGUGUUAAAGAAGAUGACACAUAUCAUAUAUUUGAUGUAUAUAAUUUUUAGCAAUGGAUUACAGAUUGAGAAAGGCAAGUGGAAGUGAAGCAGCCAUUGAUGAAUAUUCAAGGCUUUACCAUCCUCUUUUUUUUUUUGUUCUUAUCUCUAUUUACUUUAGGGGUGAGAGGGGCUUUCCUUUUAUUUUUCUUCUAAGGAAUUGUUUCUGAACAGUCUUCUUUUACAGUGAAUUGGAAUUUGGAAUUUGGAAUUUGGAA